UACAUUUCCCUACUCUUCUUUAGUCGAACCGGAUUUAAGUAGUAUGUAUGAAAUGUAUGAGCUAUAAAGUGUUCGAUUUGACACAUUUAACGGGCUCAGAAAGCUGGAGUUUGUAUAUGAGACGUGUAUGUGGACGAUUUAAAGUAGGAGAAACAAUGCGGAUUUCCAGGUUGUGGCUGCGGUCGUGUUGUGUGAGCGCUGUGCUGUCUGGACGCUUCUCCGUCUCCUCGUGCUCACGCAUGUUUUCGUCCUUCCCUGGUUUACGCUCGCGCAAAAAGAGCAGUCACUACGGCAACGUGGACUCUGAUCAUUAUUUGUCACUGGUGAAGUCAGUCGUGUCUACGAGAAUCAGCUCUCAGACUCCACAAAGUAUUGAAAAAGAAGACCAAUUGCUUUACGGAGCUAUAGUAAAAUCCAAGCCUCAGGUGUGCAGACCGCUUAAAAACCCACAGCCUCUGUUUAACGACGCAAAACGUGUUUUAGACGCAGAGAACGUGGAGGGAAUCAUGACCCGGAUAAAACUGCACAGAGAUACAGAUCACGCCUCUAUACCAAGUGUAACAAAAAUACUCAAAAAGACAAUGUCAGAGCAGCAAAUGUUUUAUUUGGAGAGAUGGAAGAAAAAGAUGAUCGCUGAGCUUGGUGUAGAAGGCUUCAACGAAUACAUCAACAAUCUUUUCACACAGGGAAAACUGUUGCAUGCAGCUGUUGAAGGAAUUUUAACUGGAGAAAAUAACUCAAAUGAAGAUGGCGAGUGUCUGGAAAAGGUUUCUGGGUAUUUACAAAGUAUCAGUCACGUGUUGGAAGACGUUACAGGAGUGAAAGCCAUCGAGAGUGUUGUACUGCAUGAGCCUCUGCAGUACCUGGGCAUUGUAGAUUGUGUUGCUGUAUACAAGAAUUCACUGUGUGUCAUAGAGUGGAAGACAUCAGAGCGGCCAAGACCUUUCCUUCACAACACAUAUGACAACCCCUUGCAGGUGGUUGCAUACAUUGGAGCCUUAAACAGUGACAGAAACUACAACUACCAGGUGGACAGUGGAUUGAUUGUUGUUGCCUACAAGGACGGUUCACCAGCCCACACUCACUUCCUGAAAUCAGACCAAGUAGUGCAAUAUUGGGAUAAAUGGCUCUACCGCCUGGAGGAAUACAAUGGUGAAUGAUUAAUAAUCCAGUUUUUACUGACGGUUUAAAAAACCAAAUGUACAUAUGAUUGUCCAACUAUGUGCUGUAUGUAUAGUUUUGUAUUUUUGCAGUGCCCUGCUUUUUUUAACUUGGACCUCCAUUGAUAUAAAAUUAUCUCUUGGACACUGAA